AUGAGCCUCCUUCAGCACCUUCCUCAGUGCCCCCCUCAGUGCCUGCCUCAGUUCCUGCCUCAGUGCCUGCCCCAGUACCCCCCUCAGUGUCUGCGUCAGUCCCUCCUUCAGUGCCCCCCUCAGUACCUGCCUCAGUGCCUGCCUCAGUGCCUCCCUCAGUGCCUGCAUCAGUGCCCCCUCAGUGACUGCCUCAGUGCCCCCCUCAGUGCCGUGCCUACCUCAAUGACCCCCUCAGCGCCUGCCUUAGUGUUUCCCUCAGCACCUUUCUCAGUGCCUCACUCAGUGCCUGCCUCAUUGUUUUCCUCAGUGUUUCCCUCACUGUCCCCUCAGCACCUUAACUCAGUGCCUCCCUCAGCACCUUUCUCAGUGCCUGCAUCAGUGCCCUUCUCACACCUUCCUCAGUGCCUCCCUCAGUGCCUUCCUCAGUGCCUCCCUCAGCACAUUCCUCAGUGCCUCGCUCAGCACCUUCCUCAGUGCCUCCCUCAGCACCUUCCUCAGUGCCUCCCUCAGUGCCUGCCUCAGUCUUCCCCUCAGCACCUUCCUCAUGUUUCCCUCAGCACCUUCCUAAGUGCCUCCCUCAGCACCUUCCUCAGGACCUCCCUCUGCACCUUCCUCAGUGCCUGCCUCAGUGCUUCCCUUAGCACCUUCCUCGGUGCCUCCUUCAGCACCUUCCUCAGUGUUUCCCUCAGCACCUUCGCCAGUGCCUGCCUCAGUGUUUUCCACAGCACCUUCCUCAGUGCCUCCCUCAGCACUUUCGUUAGUGCCUCUCUCAGCACUUUCGUCAGUGCCUCCCUCAGCACCUCCCUCAGUGCCUCCCUCCGCACCUUCCUCAGUACCUCCCUCAGCAUCUUCCUCAGUGCCUCCCUCAGCACCUUCCUCAGUGCCUGCCUCAGUGUUUCCCUCAGCAACUUGCUCAGUGCCUGCCUCAGUGUUUCUCUCAGCACCUUCCUCAGUGCCUCCCUCAGUGUUUCCCUCAGCGCCUCCCUCAGUGUUUCCCUCAGCGCCUUCCUCAGUGCCUGCCAUAGUGUUUCCCUUAGCACCUUCCUCAGUGCCUUCCUCAGUGUUUUCCUUGGCACCUUCCUCAGGGCCUCCCUCAGUACCUUCCUCAGUGCCUGUGUAGACGAGGUCGUCUUCCUAUUCACCUUCCUCAGUGCCUCCCUCAAUGUUUCUCUUAGCACCUUCCUCAGUGCCUCCGUCAGCACCUUCCUCAGUACCUCCUUCAGGGCCUCCCUCAGGGCCUCCCUCAGUGUUUCCCUCAGCACCUUCCUUAGUGCCUCCCUCAGCACCUUCCUCAGUGCCUCCUUCAGUGCCUGCCUCAUUGUUUCCCUCAGCACCUUGCUCAGUGCUUCCCUCAGUGCCUGCCUCAGUGUUUCCCUUAGCACAUUCCUCAGUGCCUCUCUCAGCACCUUCCUCAGUGCCUGCCUCAGUGCCUGCCUCAGUGCCUGCCUCUGUGUUGCCCUCAGCACCUUUCUCAGUGCCUCCCUCAGUGUUUCUCUUAGCACCUUCCUCAGUGCCUCUUUCAGGGCCUCCCUCAGUGUUUCCCUCGGCACCUUCCUUAGUGCCUCCCUCAGCACCUUCCUCAGUGCCUCCUUCAGUGCCUGCCUCAUUGUUUCCCUCAGCACCUUGCUCACUGCCACCCUCAGUGUUUCCCUUAGCACCUUCCUCAGUACCUCCCUCAGCACCUUCCUCAGUGCCUGCCUCAGUGUUGCCCACAGCACCUUCCUCAGUGCCUCCCUCAGUGUUUCCCUCAGCACCUCCUCAGCACCUUUCUCAGUGCCUCCCUCAGCACCUUCCUCAAUUGCCUGCCUCAGUGUUUCCCUCAGCACCUUCCUCAGUGCCUCCCUCAGUAUUUCUCUUAGCACCUUCCUCAGUGCCUCCAUUAGCACCUUCCUCAGUACCUCCUUCAGGGCCUCCCUCAGUGUUUCCCUCAGCACCUUCCUUAGUGCCUCCCUCAGCAACAUCCUCAGUGCCUGCCUCAGUGUUUCCCUUAGCACCUUCCUCAGUGCCUGCCUCAGUGUUUCCCUUAGCACCUUCCUCAGUGCCUCCCUCAGUGCCUGCCUCAGUGUUUCCCUUAGCACCUUCCUCAGUGCCUCCCUCAGCACCUUCCUAAGUGCCUGCCUUAGUGUUGCCCUCAGCACCUUCCUCAGUGUUUCUCUUAGCACCUUCCUCAGUGCCUCCGUCAGCACCUUCCUCAGUGCCUGCCUCAGUGUUUUCCUUAGCACAUUCCUUAGGGCCUCCCUCAGUGCCUGUGUAGACGACUCCCGCAACCUGCAGCGCGUUGGCCUGGUGGUGUCCAAAUUUCUGGCAAGUGAAACACCUCAAGGCCUCUGGCACAUAUGUCCUGAGCGUAUACGAGCCCCAGUCACCCAGAUCAAGGGUGCCUUACAGGCUGUGGACCUAGACCCAACCUGCGGGAAGUAUGCCAAGCUGCAGGUUGCGGGGGUAGGCUACACUUCCUCAGUGCCUGCCUCAGUGCCCCCUUCAGUGCCUGCUUCAGUGCCCCUCUCAGUGCCUGCCUCAGUGCCUCAGCCUGCCUCAGUGCUCAGCACCUUCCUCAUACCUCCCUCGGUGCCCCCCUCUACCUGCCUCAGUGCCUCCCUCAGCACCUUCUCAGUGCUCCCUCAGCACCUUCCUCAGUGCCUGCCUCAGUGCCCCCCUCACCUUCUCAGCCUGCCUCAGUGCCCCCCUCAGUACCUGCCUCAGUGUCAGUGCCUGCCUCAGUGCCUGCCUCAGUGUUUCCCUCAGCACCUUCCUCAGUGCCUGACUCACACCUUCCUCAGUGCCUCCCUCAGUGCCCCCUUCAGUGCCUGCCUCAGUGUUUACCUCGGCGCCUUCCUCAGUGCAUCCCUCAGCACCUUCCUCAGCGCCUCCCUCAGCACCUGCCUCAGCACCUUCCUCAGUGCCUCCCUCAGCACCUUCCUCAGUACCUCCCUCAGUGCCUGCCUCAGUGCCCCUCUCAGUGCCUGCCUCAGCGCCCCCCUCAGUGCUUUCCCUCAGCACCUUCUGCCCCCUCAGUCAGCCUCCCUCAGUGCCCCCUUCAGUGCCUGCCUCAGUGUUUACCUCGGCGCCUUCCUCAGUGCAUCCCUCAGCACCUUCCUCAGCGCCUCCCUCAGCACCUGCCUCAGCACCUUCCUCAGUGCCUCCCUCAGCACCUUCCUCAGUACCUCCCUCAGUGCCUGCCUCAGUGCCCCUCUCAGUGCCUGCCUCAGCGCCCCCUCAGUGCUUUCCCUCAGCACCUUCUGCUUGCAUGUGUUUCCCUCAGCACCUUCCUCAGUGCCUGCCUCAGUGAUAUCCUCAGCACCUUCCUCAGUGCUCCCUCAGUGCCUGCCCUCAGUGCUCCCUCAGCACCUCCCUCAGUGCUUCCCUCAGUUCCUGCCUCAGUGCCUGCCUCAGUGCCCCCUCGGUGCCUGCCUCAGUGCCUGCCUCAGUGCUCCCCUCAGUGCCUGCCUCAGUGCCCUCCUUAGUGCCUCCCUCAGUGCCCCCCUCAGUACCUGCCUCAGCACCUCCCUCAGUGCCCCCCUCAGUGCCUGCCUCAGUGCCUCCCUCAGUACCUUCCUCAGUGCCUCCCUCAGUGCCUGCCUCAGUGCCCCCCUCAGUGCCUCCCUCAGUGCUUCUCCGCCCUCGUGA